AUGGUUUUCCACAAGUCAGUGUCAUUUCCGGAGUUUGAUGCAAGUGAUGAGUUAUUUGUGUCUGCUAAGCAAGUGCCUGAGUUCGUGAAGGAUGAGGCUGUAGUGUUUAUGAUAUUAGCUUCUAUGAAGAAUGAAAGUAAAGCUAUGAUUGGUGAAUUGCCAAUGGUGUGUGAUUUUUCUGAGGUGUUCGCAGAUGAUAUAAGUGAUUUGCCGCUGAAGCGCGAAGUUGAGUUUGCCAUAGACUUAGUACCUGAUACCGGUCCUAUGUUGGCGGCUCCUUAUAGAAUGUCUACUUCAGAGUUAUGUGAGUUGGAGAAGAAAUUGGAAGAGCAGCUUGAGAAGAAGUUUGUUUGGUCGAGUGUUUCAUCAUGGGGUGCAUUGGUGUUGCUAUUCAGGAAGAAUAAUGGUAGCAUGAGGUUGUGUGUUGAUUAUCGACAAUGGAACAAGGUUACGAUCAAGAACAAGAAGUUGAAUGUUCAUGAGAGGAAUUAUCUUACUCAUGAUCUAGAGUUGGCAACAGUGGUGUUUGUUUUGAAGAUUUAG